CAUAUGACACAUUCCUAAGCAAUCCCAAGUUCACUCCCAUGGCUUCUCUAUCUCACCAUCUCCCCUCCCUUCUCCUUCUCCUCAACCUCCUCGACGCCGCCACCAAUGGUGAUUCUGUAAAACCCGCCAUCCCCGCUUGUAGCUCAUUUGACUGCGGGAACGGCCAAAUCAUCGGGUAUCCAUUUUGGCAACAAGGCAAUCAAGACGAAUACUGUGGAUACCCGGGUUUUGCCAUCUCAUGCUACGGCCAGCAACCGCUACUCCACCUCUUCGACCACCUCUACCAAGUGAAAAAAAUUAGUUAUCCCAAAAAUACCCUCAUCGCCACAUUCCGUGACCUAAGCGAUGGAAAUAUAGAGUGUCUUCGCUAUGGUUUGAAGCGGUCGUAUGCGUUCAUGGUGGGGGCAAUACCGGAAUUUGAUUGGCGGAAGUACUGUGAGAGCACCAUGAGGGUACCGGUGGCUGUGAAAACCGGUAACCGCCGUGAUGGUCUUUCGGGGGAUGAUUUUGGGAGAGCCUUGAAAGAAGGUUUCGAGUUAACGUGGAGAUCACCGGAAAGUGGAUGCCGUUCAUGUGAGGCCAGCGGUGGAUUUUGUGGGUCUGGGAAUGGUCCCAACCAGAAGCCCUUUUGCUUUUGCAACGACGGCAAGCGCUACGAUGUCUGUAGUGAUAAGGGUGAUGUAACAUUAGCUUUUGAACCAGAUUUCAUAACCAUUGGUGCAUUGAUUUGUGGCGGUUUAAUUAUGGCUGCAACGGUUUUUUACAUCGUCCAGAAGAAGAAAAUUUCUCUACAAAAACCUGCCUUCAGUCGGAUACCAACCGGUGGAAAAUGAUGUAUAACAUGUAUAUCUAAAUGUAAUAUGUACUAGCAAACUUGAAAUGGGACUAGGGGUGCCCAUGGACUUGAACCAUGAGUUUGAAAUGUAAAACUAUGAUGUCUAUGUAUGCUUAGCUAGGCUUCUAGCUUAAGACUAGCUAAUUAAUUACGGGCCUUUUGCUAUUGUUUUUGACAAAUGGCCCAGUUUGGUCCAUUACUCGAAAGAAGUUUUUAUUAGGUUCCUAUCUAUCAAAAUUUUGGCUUUUGGUUCCGGCGGAAG